AUGUUGCUUGAUUUUCUCUACCCCGCCAUCCUCCUCGUGGCCCUGAGCGGGCUUCCAUCCCCAACCGUCGCCGCAAAGCCCAAGAACGCCAUUUUACUCUCCGAUGUCCAAUCCCUCACGCUCCGCGCGGGCCGCCAGACCGCGCACCGCCGUGUGGCGGCCAUGCCGCAGCUCAAGUGCGUGUCGCCGCGGGCCGUGUGCGCGCUGCACGAGGUCGACACCAUGCGGUGCGUGAACCAGGGCUCCGGUUACGGCUCCGAGGACAUACAGUGGUCGUGCAGCGCCUCGCUCCCUCCCGAGCUGAAGCUCGGCAGCACCGAGGUCAUGUGCGAGGGCUACAGCUCCCCCGACGACCCAUACGUCCUCAGCGGCUCCUGCGGCGUCGAGUACCGGCUCGUCCUGACCGAGGAGGGUCUCCGCCGCUACCCAGACCUCGGUGGAGGCGGCGGCGGUGGAAGCGACGGGACUUUGCCGGCCUGGCUGUUUUGGGUCUUCUUCGUCGCCAUCGUUUGCUGGAUUCUCUACAGUGCAUUCACUGCCCAACCGGGCGAGUUCCGUGGUCCGCGUCCGGGACGUAACAACUUUUGGGGUGGAGGUGGUGGUGGCGGCGGCGGUCCCGGUCCGGGUUUCUUUGGCGGCGGCGGAUGGAACGACCCCCCUCCCCCGUAUCCCGGAAACAAGCCUGCAGGUAGCGGGGGUGGUUGGCAGCCUGGAUUUUGGAGUGGUCUGGCUGGAGGGGCUGCGGCGGGUUACAUGGCUGGAAACCGUGGAAGGAACAACACGGAAAACAAUCGAGGCUAUGGAAGCUUUGGUGGCGGCAGAAAUACUUGGGGUGGCGGUAGCUCUUGGGGCGGAGCAGGUGGUGCUGGCCCUUCGUCAUCCCGCAGUUCUGGGUCCAGUUCAAGUUCAGCCCGGUACGAAAGCACCGGUUUUGGUGGGACAAGCAGGCGAUAA